AUGAGAUCCAACUGGGUUUUCUGUGUGUCACAUUUUAUUUUGCUGCCACUAACAGUGUGGUGCGAGCCAGUCAUCUCCCCCAGCGGGCCUCACAUAGUAGUUCCCAAGAGGGGGAAGCUGGAGCUGUGGUGUCAUGACAACGCCACAACGUCUGGCGCCCCAUACAGGCUGAGGUGGCAGAGGGAGAGGGCUCGCAGGCUGGAGGGAGAGGUGGAGGAGGGCGGAGUGGCCUAUGUCAAGGUGUCAGCAGCGCAGGCCUACCAUAUGGGUCGUUAUGUGUGCAUCAACAACAGCACGCUGGAACACAGCUCCAUCUACGUAUAUGUGAAAGACCCCCAGAAUGCCUUCCAGCGCACCAUGGUGAACAUCAUCCUGGUGCGUGCAGGUGAGAACUGCACCUUCCCCUGCCUUGUGACGGACCCCGAGGUCACCCUCCUGGCUCUGGAGACCUGCGAUGGACGGCCUUUGCCCUCUGGUAUGCGUUACCGCAGCGACCUCCAGCGAGGCGUCACCAUCAGCAAUAUGAGGAAGGAAUAUGAGGGCUGUUACAUAUGUGUGGGACAGCUUGGUGGAGACAAAGUGACAUCGAGCCAAUACUCUGUGGAUGUACGACUUGUGCCAGAGGUGCCUCCUGUGGUCACGCUCUCCCAGAAAGACGCUGUUAUCCUGAGGAAAGGAGAGCAGUUUGAGAUCACCUGCAGCUCCACCAACGUCAACCCGGACUUCAGUCUCAAGUGGGAUUUCCCUUCCACAGCGCAUCCUGAUGAGUCCCACACCUCACACAUCCUGUCCGGUUCCCGUGGUUAUCAGCGUUCCACCUCACUCGUGAUCACAGCUGUCAACCAAUCAGACUCGGGGUCUUACCGCUGCCACGGCCUCAACGAGAGAGGCACCAGUGCUGCAGCGCUGCAGCUGGACGUCCGCGAGCAGGGCUUCAUCACCAUGUUAGGGGGGCCGGGUCCAGUCCAGGCUGAUGUUAAAGAGGGGGAGAGCCUGAGCCUCAGAGUAGAAUUUGAUGCCCAUCCUGCACUCAGCUCCCUGUCCUGGUCUUACAACGACAAACAGCUCCUCAACACCACAGAGCACGUUAUCACGGUCCACCGCCGCAAGUACAGAUACGUCAGCGAGCUCAGACUAGUGAGGGUCCUCGGCUCGGAGGGCGGGAUCUAUGAGUUCUCAGCCAGUCACGAGGAUGCAUCUGUCAAUCAUUCGUUCCAUGUGUACGUCAACAGUAAGCCGGUUAUCAUCGCUCAGGAAGGCCCUGUUGAUGGACAGGUGCGGUGCAUUGCUGCUGGUUACCCAGCCCCUAAAAUCAGCUGGUACUUCUGUAAGAUGCCCCACACGAGGUGCUCGCACCUGCCCAAUGCCACCCACUGGGAGACUCCGGAGGUCGCCAUGGUGACAGAGUCCACCUUCGGCAGGAGUGAGGUGGAGAGCCGACUGAACGUGAGCAGCAAGGAGCACGCACACUAUCACACCCUGGAGUGUGUGGCGAGCACAGACGGCGAAGAGGCCUACACACUGUUCUCCAUCAGCGAACGAACUGUCCCACAUAAACUCUUCACUCCUCUUCUAACCGGCAUGGUGGUCACUGGUGUCCUUCUCAGCCUCACUCUGGUGGUGCUGCUCUAUAAAUACAUGCAGAAACCAAAGUUCCAAAUCCAGUGGAAGGUGAUUGAGAGUAUCCAUGGCAACAACUACAUAUAUAUUGACCCCACCCAGCUGCCAUAUGACUCCAAAUGGGAGUUUCCGCGACAGAAACUACGCUUCGGUAAAACGUUGGGCUCCGGGGCGUUUGGAAAGGUAGUGAGGGCCACAGCCUAUGGCCUCUGCUCUGCAGAUACUGUCACAACCGUUGCUGUUAAGAUGCUCAAACCCAAUGCUCAUUCCACGGAGAAGGAGGCACUGAUGUCAGAGCUGAAGGUUCUCAGUUACCUUGGAAACCACGUGAACAUCGUUAACCUGCUGGGGGCCUGCACUGUCGGAGGCCCAAUUCUGGUGAUCACAGAAUACUGUUGCUAUGGCGACCUCCUCAACUUCCUGCGCAGAAAAAGAGAGUCCUUCCUAAACUCCCAAGUUGGUGAUGGUUACUAUCGCAACGUCGCGAACCAAACGGAGGCUGCAAGCACAGAGGAGACUGGUACAGGAUACAUGCCCAUGCGUCCCUCUGAGAAAGAAAGGUCUUCCCAGUCAGAUGACAUAGAUCUGUCCCUGGAUGCUGAAGAUCUCCUCAGCUUUUCCUACCAGGUUGCCAAAGGGAUGGAGUACAUUACUUCCAAGAACUGUAUCCACAGGGAUCUUGCAGCCAGAAACAUUCUGCUGACUCACGGCAGGGUGGCAAAGAUCUGUGACUUUGGGUUGGCACGAGACAUCACAACUGAUGCCAGCUAUGUGCUCCGGGGCAAUGCUCGUCUGCCAGUCAAGUGGAUGUCUCCCGAGAGUAUUUUCGACUGCGUCUACACCUAUGAGAGUGACGUCUGGUCCUAUGGCAUCCUGCUCUGGGAAAUCUUCUCUCUGGGUAACAGCCCAUACCCGGGGAUGCAGGUGGGAUCUGUGUUUUACAGGAUGAUUCAAGAGGGCCACAGGAUGAGCAGGCCUGAGUUUGCUCCCAUUGAGAUGUACGACAUGAUGUUGUCGUGUUGGAGCCAUGACCCUUUGAAAAGGCCUUCCUUCAGGAAACUGGUGGAGAGGAGCGAGCUACUGCUCUCUGAAAAUACCAAGAAUGUUUACCUGAGACUGAGCAACAACCCAGGUCAUCCAGAGCAGCAGAGGGCGCCAUCACGGAGGUUGAGUUCAGUCUGCAGCACGACGGCCCCCACCCAGCCUUUACUGCAAAACACGACUGAUGUCUUCCUGGACUAUGUCUGAUUAACAGGCGCACACACACACACACACACACACACACACACACACACAUAUGCACAUACACACUGCUAUGAAGCGUGCAACAGCCCUUACCUCCCUGAUCAUUCUCUCCUUUUACUGCAAGUACAAGGGCCAAACGCACUCUGUAAACUACUAACAAAACAUUCACCCACACUAACUCUCAAAUGCUGGCCUUCCUGCACACACACACACACACACACACACACACUCACAGAUACUGUAUAUAUAUGACCUUGCACAGGGCUCUCAGUAUUGGCCUCUAUCUAAUCUCCCCAUUGGUGUAUUGAUCUCUGUGGUAGGUACAUCGGGUGCACGUCUAUAUAAAGCAGACUCCAGCACUAACUGCCCAUCAGAUACAACAUCACCCAUCAGCAGCGGGAGGAGUUUUGGCUCACAUUCAGCCUUAGAGCAUGUCUUAAGAUGCUUUGGGGAAAACACAGAACACAAGCAAGAGAAAAAACCUGACCUAAACCGAGGAACAGAUAAGCACAGUUGUUGCUGUGAUGAGUGGACUGCAGCAGUUUGUUUUCGUCAGAUUUGUCGCUGUUUUUAUGGGAAUAUUCGGACAUUUUGGGAAAUAUACUCAUAGCACUGUCUUGCGUUAGAUGUGAAGACUGGUACCACCCUAUUAUCUAUGCAUUACGUAUGGAGGUGAAGGAAACAGAUGUUCAUCUUAGAAUGAAGACUGGAAACAGGGGAAACAGCUAGCCUGGCUGUGUCUCAACAGUGACAAAAUCCGCCUACCAGAACCACUUAAUCCACUCAUUAACAGAUGAUAUCUUGGAGUUAUGUGUGGAAGUAUUUCUUGGCUGCGAGCAGGGGCUUCCCAUGAGUCUCUGCUGGUUGCUUAUUUGGACAGAAUUUACUUUUCAUUUAUUUGUUUCUCUUGAGAAUGAAUGCAAGUUGUGCGACAACAUUUUAUUUCUCUAAUUUGAAUUUAUAGUGGUCUUGUUCUUCUCAUCUAACUCUCGUCACGAAAGCAAAUAAGCAUCUUUCCCUAAAUGUCCUGGAAACUGGUUUUAAUAGGCUUUGAAAAAAGAUAAGAGACCUGAAGUCUCUUUUAUGAGUAUUUCAAAUGAGCCACAGCAAGGUGGCACGCAAGCGAUAACUCCUCAUAAAAAAAUGAACCCACCAACACUGAUUCCCACCCAUGCGUUGAAGCUUUGAAUACUGUGACUGAACUGACAGGUGUUUUGCUGUAUGUAUUUUAGGGUUAGCUUUAGUUUAGUCUCUUUAGCAAAGCCAGUGUGGCCAGGUGUUUAGGACCGAUUGUGUGCUCUUUUGACUUGAUUUAUGUCGAACAUGUAUGCAGUGUAAAUACGAUAGAGAUGUGCCUUUAGAUUUUUUU